AUGUUCGCCAGAUCGUUUGCCUUCCGGGCUUUCUCGCACCAGUGUCCCGGGGUCGCCGUGUCACCUAGAGUCUUUCCAUCGAACUCGAUAUGGAGACAUUUCGCCUCGAGCGCGGCGCGAACGAAAGGCGCGGCCAAGGGCAAGCAACCACAGUUACCCCCGAAACCCACGGCGCGGACCAAGCCCAUAGCCAACGCUGAAGAGACACUGAAGUUUGCUGGCAGACGGCCAGAGGGAUUUGGAAAACUCGAGCGCAAGGUAGCUAGGGAAGGGCAGAUUCUCCUCUUCCGGUCGCCGUCGCAUCGCAGUUAUGUUCUAGGAGCCUACGGUAUCGCCGCAUUCUGCUUUGCCUACUCAGUAUACAACUCCAAAAUUGUCUUCCACGACCCUAUCAUGCCUCUUCCUACGUGGCAAAAGACUCUAUUUGGCGGAAUCUGCAUCGUGAUGAGCGCGAUGGGCACCGUCUUUCUCAUGAAAACCCAACGCUUGAUCAAGACUGUCACGGCCGUCAGCACCAACGCCGGAGCUCAGCUUCGCUUCCAGGUCCGAAGCACGAUCCCCUUCCGCCGGCCCUAUGAGUUUGAUGCCGUUCCUCGUCAAAUCGCCUUUUCCCGCCGUCUAGUAGUCACGCCUGAAUCUGUCGCUCGCAUGCAGCAGGGUGGCAUGUCUUCGAUCGAACCGCCGUCUCAGCCGAGUUUCUUCAGGGCACCCCUGAAGAGGUCGAGUCUUCUGUUCUGGCGUCUUUUCCAGUCCGUGCGGCAGAUUUUCACUGGUGAGGAUUUCAUUCUCCUCGAGGUGGAAGGCCAGAAGGGUGCUUUCCGAAUGGACUCCACGGGAUUCGUAUCGGAGGACUUCUUGGUCGUUGGGAACCCGUUGAGCGUUGCGCCUUCUCACAGGUCGUGA